UCCAUCCUUAGCAGGCGUCCUGGAGGGUUAGUAUUAGAAUGCGUUGUUGCAGGAGGAACCUAAGUGUCUCCCAAUGGCUCGCCGUCCUCAUCCAAAGCACCCUCCUGGCCUUCACAAUUGACCGGCACCUUGGAAGAGCCAACGGAGAGACAGCUCCGUUUCUGGUGUUCAGCCCUGAGCGAGGAGGUUGCCUACAGACACGAGGGUCUUCAGUUCAGGUGGUCCGACCCUGUAACACAAGUUCCCCUGCUCAGCAAUGGAUUUGGGUCUCUCGUCGCCGCCUUUUCAACCUGGGCUCCAUGCAGUGCCUGUGGACGCCUUCCCCAACCAACGGUACAGCCUCUACCAUCUACACCUACCAGUGUGACCACGAGAACUUCCAUUCCAUCCGACGAUGUGAAUCCCAACUGGACCAGCUUACCAACGCUUUAGGGAUACUGACCACAAACGGCUCCAACCUGCAACAGUCUCCCUCAAACAGCGGCAGACAGUGGCUGAUAUAUGGAACCAACCAAAGUAUCUGCUCGGCCGCAUUCAUGGACAUCUACACCAUUCAGGGUAACUCCAACGGACGCCCAUGCGCCAUCCCGUUUAAAUACGACAACCAAUGGUUUUACAGCUGCACCAGCACCGGACGGGAAGACGGACACCUCUGGUGCGCAACAACGGUGGACUACGGCAAGGAUGAAAAGUGGGGGUUCUGUCCCGUAAAAAGUGACGAUUGCGAGGCUUUCUGGGACAAAGAUCCGCUCACCCAAAGCUGCUAUCAGUUUAAUUUCCAGUCGGCUCUGUCGUGGAGUGAAGCGUGGACCAGCUGUCGGCAACAAAAUGCCCACCUUCUCAGCAUAACGGAGAUCCACGAGCAGACCUACAUUAACGGGCUGCUGACGGGGUACAGCUCAACCUUGUGGAUAGGUCUCAAUGACUUGGACACUAAUGGUGGAUGGCAAUGGUCUGAUGGGUCACCAUUGAAGUUCUUGAACUGGGAGAGUGAUCAGCCAAAUAACUCAGAGGAGAAUUGUGCCGUGAUCCGGACCGAGAGCUCAGGGGCCUGGCAGAACCGGGACUGUGGCAAUGCAUUACCGUAUAUAUGUAAGAAGGCGACCGCGUCCCACCAGAGUAACACCCACAUAGAACCCGUGGAACCCGGUGUGGAGAUAGAAUGUGAUGCCGGCUGGCUGAAUUUUGGUAUGAACUGCUACCGGCUGAACACCGACAAGAAGACCUGGCAGGAGGCCAAGAAGGCAUGCGUCCGACUCGAUGGAAACCUCGCUAGCAUUCACAGACUACUGGAGCUGGAAUUUGUUACCAAACAGGUUAAACAAGAUGUAGAGGAGCUUUGGAUUGGACUCAACGAUCUCAAACACCAGAUGAAUUUCGAGUGGUCCGACGGAAGUUCUGUUACUUUCACCUCUUGGCAUCCCUUUGAACCUAAUAACUUCCGGGAUAGCAUGGAGGACUGCGUGACCAUCUGGGGACCGGAUGGAAAAUGGAACGACAGUCCCUGCAACCAGACCCUGCCUUCCAUCUGCAAGAAACCCGGAGUUUACAAACAACAGGGCAAGGAAAAUAACCAUGGCUGCCAAAAGGGUUGGAGCUGGCACAGCCCGUCCUGUUACUGGAUGGGAGAUGAGCAAGUGACAUACAGCGAAGCCAUAAAGGCAUGCUCCGGUCGCUCGGCGAGGCUGCUCACUGUCCAGGACAGGUUUGAGCAGGCCUACAUCAACAGUCUUCUCUAUGGUUCUGAUGGAAGCUACUACUGGACCUCCUUGCAGGAUUUGAACCGGACUGGUGUAUUCAGCUGGCUAGGCGGGGAUGAAGUAACUUAUACCCACUGGAACCGGGACCAACCAGGCUACGACCGAGGGGGAUGCGUUGCGUUGGCUACUGGGAAAUCCCUGGGCUUAUGGGAGGUUAAAGACUGUACCGAGUUCAGAGCAAAGUAUGUGUGCAUGCAGAGUCUCGCCCCACUCAUCCCGCUAAUACCUGCCAUACGCCCAACUCCCAGCUUUAAUGGAAGCUGCCCAGAUGGCUGGAGUUCUGGACCCAACCUGAGCCACUGCUACAAGGUUUAUCACUCAGAAAAUCUGCAAGAUAAAAAGACCUGGAUAUCAGCCCAGUUGUCCUGCCGUGAAAUUGGGGCUCAACUUCUGAGCAUCUCCAAUGUAGAAGAAGAGCAUUUUGUGGCCCAUUUACUAAGUAAAAUUUUUGGCGAAUCAGAUUCUGAGGCUCACGAACAGCACUGGUUCUGGAUUGGACUCAACAGACGGAAUCCUACUGGUGACCAGAGCUGGGUCUGGAGUGACGGGCAAGGGUAUUCCUACCACAAUUUUGGUCGUAGCAACCAGGAUAAUGACGACAUCAGGGGGUGCGUGGUCCUAGACUUGUCCUCCCUGCAGUGGGUGGCACUCGAAUGUGAAUCCCAAAUGGAUUGGAUCUGCAAACUUCCUAAAGGAACGGAGAUAAAAGAACCUACAAUAACAAAAGGCAGCACAGAGUGGUUGAAAUACGGAAACACAGAGUACAGGUUUUUUGAUCACCACUCCAGAUGGUCCCAAGCUCAGAGGAUCUGCACUUGGCUCCAGGCUGAGCUGGUGUCCAUCCACGAUCAGGCCGAGCUGGACUUCUUGGGUCAGAACCUCCAAAUGUUUUCCAGUGGCCAGGAGCAGCACUGGUGGAUUGGCCUUCACACGUACGAGAACGAUGGGCGCUUCAGGUGGUCCGAUAAGUCAGUUCUCAGUUUCGUUCAGUGGGCAUACGGCCGUCCAGGACCGCCGACCAGAGAGAAGAAGUGUGUGUAUAUGACGGCAAGUCGGGAAGAUUGGAGUGACCAAAAGUGCCUCACUGCUCUGCCCUAUAUCUGCAAACGGAGCAAUACCACAGUUCCACGACCCACUCUGCCACCACUAUUGCCCUCAGGGGGCGGUUGUCCAAAGGGUUGGCUGCCCUUCCUCAACAAGUGCUUCGGCAUCAAAGCAGACAGCAAGUCCGAGAGAAAGACGUGGCAGCAAGCUAGAGAUUCCUGCAAGCUGCUCGGAGGAGAACUGGCCACGGUCAGUAAUUAUCUAGAACAAGCUUUCAUCACAUCCAUACUUCCAAAUAUAACUAUCGACCUUUGGAUCGGUCUUCACAGCGUCCGACAGAAGUUCCAAUGGGUUGAAGGUCAGCCACUAGAUUAUGUGAACUGGGGCCCCGGGGAGCCGUCUAAGAAGAGUUCUUCCGGAGACGGUGAGAACCCGGUUAGCUGUGUAGCCAUUUCACAUGGAUUGCCGCAUCAGUCGACCGGCAGCUGGGAUGCCACGAGCUGCUUGAACAAAUUAGGAUUCAUCUGCCAAAUUAGCAAAGUUCCCUCUCUAAAUCCUCCCUCUGAGCCCUUACCCCCCUUGCCCGGCCAGGAUAUCCGUUACAGAAACAGCAGUUACCUGAUCAUGCAGAAACCCGUCACCUGGUCAGACGCUCGUCUCCUUUGUGAGACUCGCAAUGCCACCCUCACCAGUGUCCCAGACCCCUACCAGCAGGCGUACCUUACUAUGGCAAUCGGUUUACUGAAUACUCCAGUGUGGAUUGGACUGGCCAACGAAGAGGGCGGACGAUCGUACUCUUGGCUCACAGACGACGGCGUCUUUUACACCAACUGGAGGGACGGAGAACCCCAGCACCUGAGCGGCUGCGUGUACAUGGACUCAGAAGGGAAAUGGGGCACAGCAAGUUGUGAAAGCAAAAUGCCGGGAAAUAUUUGCAACCUUAAUAGCACUUCCAUCAAAACGCACAAGUGGAGCUUCAAUGGCAGCUGCCCCAGGUCGAUCGGUGACUCUUCUUGGAUCACGUUCCGUAAUUUCUGCUACUCCUUUCACAUGGAGAUCAACGUCAGCCAAAAAGAAGCAUCCAAGAGGUGCCAGAAAGUUGGCGGAGACGUCCUAACGAUAGAGGAUGAAUCUGAGAACGUGUUUGUCUGGGAACACCUACAGACUUACGAGAGUCAAUCCAGAGGAGCCUGGCUGGGAAUGUCCUUCAAUGCCAAAGGUGCAAGCCUCUUAUGGAAUGAUAACACCCCGGUGAACUACUCCAACUGGGGGCAACAAGACUCGGGUCCCAGUUUGCUGAGUCCAAACUCCUGCUACUGGAUUCAAGGCAGUAACGGAUUAUGGAAUCUGGGCUCCUGCACUAACGUCAGCAUGGGGGUCAUAUGCAAGUUAUCUAGAGCUCAAGAAGCAGAAGCUUCAAAAUCCAUUCUGCCAGAGCACACUACAGCAAUAGCGGUCGUGAUCCUGUCUACGGUGGCCCUUUGCGUGUUAAUUGCCGUCAUCAUCUACCUUUACCGGCGCAGAAAACACGAGGCGGAACGAGGAGCCUUCGAGAGCGCUAGAUACAGCCGCACCAAUUCCAGUCCAGGGGGGUCGGCAGAAAAAAAUAUCCUGGUGUCGGACAUGGAAAUGAAUGAACAGGAGUAGUACAGACAGGGUGUGAUUUGAAGCACAAAGAAAAAUAGUGAAGCAGAGGUGGGGAGGGUCAAGAUUGUGACUUUUCAUGCUUCCAACAGCCCGAAGACACAAGUGGUCUUCGUUAUCGCGGAGGGUGCUGGAUGACCCUUGAAAAUUACGAAGUUUUACCCAUUCAGUAUUCAAUGGGGGCUUCAAUGCAUUGCUGUGCAGUCUGUUGUAAGCCCCCCAACCCCAAAGAUGAAAAAUAUUAGAAGCCCUAUCUCCUGGACUGAUCCAGUGUCGCCACCAUCUCCCCUACCUAUGGACUAGAAACCACAGAACGCAAGAUGGACGGACAAGAGGACAAUCAUUGAGGUCCAAGCUGCGUUCACUCUUAAGAGACCCUCCCUACUUAUUUGUACCCAUCGUCAUCCUCAAAUAAUGCUGGAAGAGUUGGGAGAGUAGGAAGAAGGAUAAGGCGGAUGCCCAAGUUAAGCACCCAUUUCACAAUGAUAUAGAAUGACUCUAUUAGGUGGCCAGUAGACAUGUAUUUUAUCACUGUCCGGUCUGGGAUUCCCUUAAGGAUGUAGAUGGGUGUGGUUAAAUGCUAGCUCCACCCACCUUUGCUAGACUGGUGCCUAUUUAGACCCCUGUUCAAACCCAGUUUUAUCCAUAAUUUGCCCAAAGCAUUAACUUCAUGGCCUUUUUAUUAAAUGACAUCUUUCAGGGGUGCCCUGUAGGGUAUAUUCAAGUAGCUCAGACCCGAGAAAUAAUCCCAUUAUCUUCUCGCCCCUCUGCUUCCUCUAUUCUAUAUUUCAUAUUGGGCACCAAUACCGCUUUAGCAGAUUUUGUUUUAAUUGUUUUACAUUUUUGUUUUGCUUUUAUACUCAUUUUCCUUGGCUUCCCCUUAUCCAUUAAACAAAGGACCAAAAAAAAAACAAAACUCAAUUCUGGAGCGACCUUAAGGACCAAAAUAAUACAUUUUUGUGAUUUUAUAGCCUGCACAUCAGUAAUAAUAGCGAUUUAUGAAUGUAUAAUGCCCCAGGUAAGUGUGAACGCAGCUUAAAGGGUAUACGAUGAACCUUCUCAUCUCAUAACAUGAAUAUCUCCAGCAAUGGAGUCAUCUCCACGUGGGAAGAUCGGUCUGUGACAAUUUUAUCUCAAGUAAAGUCUAUGGUUUUUGCAAAAGACUCAUCUCUAAACUGGAUCACAGAUCCCCCCCCCCACAAAAAAGCUUCAAAACUCUAUCAUCUCCCACCGGAUCUCCAUCGUUGUUGCAUCUCAGAAAAAUGACUGCAAAUACAGAGUUCUGGAUAAAUUAAGAGGGAAUGACCUGGAACCAAGAGACACCAUAAGCUGUGUGCCAAAUUAAUGAGAGUUAGGAUCAAGCACUAUAUUUUUAUAUCUGUACGUCUAUGUCGGGCGUAUUGGUAUAUUUAAAUGGCAAUAAAAGCGAAAGCAAUCA